CUCCCACGACAACAGACACCAUGGAGGGCGUCGACCUCUCCGCCCAUAGCGGGAUCAACGAGGGUGAAAUCACCUACGCCCAACCACCAGCCGGCAACCCAGUCCCACCUACCGGCAACCAGCCAUCACCCUCCAGCCAGGGCAAACGAGCCACCUUCAACGACCCCAGCAGCGUCGCACACAUCGUGGCGCAAGCGGCUAAGGCGACAGCUGAGGCCAUUGCUGAACAACAGGGCUUUGCCCGCUCAGGUAUGCUGCUUGCCCAUGAUGUCCUGGCGUUGCGUGCCCUUGAGACUGUGGUGAGGGACGCCCACGUGAAGAUGGAGCGCGAGAGGAGCAAGGGGGAGAGGCGCGAGGUGGAGGUCGCUCUCUACAGCUACUCCUCAGGGUACGAAAACAGCCGUUCGUCUGACGGCGGCAUCCACUACGUCCACUACCCUCCCACUGGCGAAGGGUACGAAAACAGCCGUUCGUCUGACGGCGGCAUCCACUACGUCCACUACCCUCCCACUGGCGAAGGGGCCAGCAACAGUUUCACCAACAGCAGCCUACACAUGUACGACCUGCAAGAGAUCCCCGCCAGUAGGAAGUAGAUGUCGUUGUAGGUGAUGUCGACUGCUCGAAGUGCAAGCUAUCGGUAGCAUCAAUCUUAGUUUCUUUCAGGAGGAUGAGAAUGGUGAGAAAAUGAUGAUGUGUGUGAAGCUCACUGACGUGUCUGUUGUAGAGAGCCUGAGCUUCAACUUGUUCUCAACGCAUGCUGUUUCUCUGAAGCAACCAAUCCUCUACGACGAGCGUGGUGCAACCCUACAAAAUGGACUGCUCUUUGCUAGAGAGGAAAAAGCGUCUGCAGCGUAUGCCAUGCGGCUGCCGUACGACCCAUCUGCGACUAUUGUAGACCCUUCUGCUUUGCCCGCAUUCGUGACUGCCCCCGU